AUGCAGCAGGCUAUUUCCUAUGUCAUAUCUAAUUUGGCAAAAAUUGCCGAUGUUAAACCGAGCGAUGUCGAGAGUUCCCUGCGUCAAAGAACUCUACGUUUUCGAGAUUUAGCCUUACGUAAGGAAACAUUAAAUAAAAUACUCCCUAUUCCUAUUCUUUCAGGACAUAUUAGUGAUCUGCUUGUUGAGAUACCAUGGCCAGUACCAAAUAAACCGCUGAUCAUACAUCCUCAUGGAGUUACCAUGACUUUAGAUCCUCUUGGUAAAAGUACUGGGAUAGUUGAAAUGAGUUUAGAAGAGAUACAAGAUGGCAUUACCGAUGAAAGUAUUCUUGGCGUAGCAAAUACUUCAACAACCAUGAAUGAUAUUCAAAUGGAAGAACAAGAAGAGUUACCAGCCACACCUCCGUUACGAAGUGAUGCUGAACUUGAGGACAUGUGUGAAUCACCAGAAGUUGAUGAUGAUGAUUAUAUGUCUUGUCGGAGUGAUACUGAUACUUCAAAUUCUUCCUUUGAUUUUGUAGAUGAUACUAUACCCCCUUUAGUAGAAGAAGAAAGAUGGGGAUUAUUUUCUUUUAUUCGAAAUGCAGCUUCCCAAUCUGUAUCUUGGUUAAUUAAUCGUCCUAUUCAUGUUCACUUUGUUGAUGUUAAUCUUAUUAUUCCAUGUGAUUCGUCUAAUGGGACGCGUUUUGAAAUUGUAGCAAAAGAAGUUCUCGUACAAUCGGAGCCAUCACAGCAGGUAUCUACAGAACGCAUGAAAGUAGUUACGAUAACCUUUAAUAAUAUCACCGUUAAUGCAUGUACUCCCAAAGGAGAAACAAAAGUAAUAGUUGUAGAAAAUCUUACUGUAAGAGUUACUUCUGUGUAUAAUAAUGCUGGUAUAUUAUGUCGCAAAAACACAGCUAUUAUUUUUGAAGGUGUAACUUCUUUGUUCAGUGAUGAGGAUGCACUUGAAAGUCUAACUAAAUGUAUUGUUAGUCACCGAAUCAUGACGGAGGUUCCUGAAUAUUGUCGUCCAUUCUCUGAACUUCGCCGUCAACGUUCACACUGGGCAUAUGCUAGGAAUUGUGUUCUUUCACUAGUUCGUGAAAAGCGUAAACGCUACAAUUUUAAUCCCGCACACUUAAAUUUUUAUGCGGAGGCACGUAAUUCGUAUCUAAGACUCUUGGAUUAUUGUCAUCGUACAGGGGAUGUUGCGGAGAAGCGAAAUAGUCUCGCUGAAGUAGAGAGAGAUCUUCGCUAUCGCGAUGUGGUAAUGUUAUUGAGAAGAAAAGCCUAUGAGAGGUAUUCUGCUAGUUCAUCUCGCGGUGAAUGUAGGUUUGAAAACGCACCGCAAGAGUCCAAUAGUGUUGUGCCAUCGGCAGUGGUAUCUUCCCUUCAUGUGGAUGUGCGAGUUGUCUGUAUAUACCUUCCAGCGAAAACGACGAUGUGGAUAAAUGACAUUGCUUUCGUAACUCGUGUGGAGGAGAUAAGCUUUUCUAUCAGAAGUAUUUCUGUAAAGAUAAACGGCAUAGCUCAGGCGUUACACAAGGUGAAGGAGGAAGAACCAUUUUUCUCUUUUCAGCGUACAGAGAAAAAUGAUAUUGUCUUGGUUAGAAUAAAGUUAGAUGAAUUUCGCUUUGCGGCAGAAUCUGGGUAUAUUCUUAAUAUAAUGAGACCUUUUAUUAUUGCCACAUCACAGUGUCUGUCAAACUUACCAGAGCAAAAUUCAGCUUUAUCACAAUCAUCACAAACUCCACCUUCAAUACCAUCUAAUCGGAGAUUACAAACGAUCACUUUUGUUUUCCCUCUGAUACAAUUUCAAAUUGACGAUUUACUGUUUUUCUGCGAGAAAUUAUCCCUAACCGCUGUAGAUGAAAUAUCUGGAAGAAAGCGUAUAGGAUUUUUAUUAAAAGAAGUAUAUCUACGCUUUGGAAAAAAUGAUCUUAUCUUGUCACCUGUUAAGGUGGAAAUGAAAGAAAAGGAUGAUAUUGUAGUUUCUGUAAUCGCUAUAAAUGUAUCAGAUGAGUUUUUAAAGUAUAUUUCUGGAUUACGAAAUGCUUACAUUGAUACUAUAAGCGCUGUUCACAACUCAGAUAAAUCAGGAAGAAAUGUAACAACGACAAGGGAUAACAAAUAUGUCUCUGCAACCUUAAAUGAUAUAUGGAGUGUAAUCGGAAUGAAAGAUGAAUUUAACAUUUUACCAAAUUCACAGGAGGUAUUAUUUCUUGGUAUUCAAUGUGAUUUUCAUCCACUUAAAAUGAAGAUGACUAUUGGAUCUCUUAAUGUUAGUCAAGGGAAUGUAAUAAAUAAUAUUGCUGGUUUUUCUCUGAAUGCCUCUUCGCUUAUGAUUUUAAUUGAUUACUUUGAUAAUGCACCAUUAUGUGUUGAUCUUCCUAGUGGAUUUCAUUGUGUAACAAGUGUCAAUAAGAAUGAAGUCUCAUGUUUACUUAUAACUCUUGACACGAUACAAGUUUUUUGGAAAGUAAUAUCACCACUUAAUUUGUUAAACCUUUGCUGUGUGAAGAUGGCUUUGUGCGGAGAUUUGAGCUACUGUUCAGCAGAUAAAGUACACCUUUUUGAAAUCAUUGAAUUUACACCCUUGAAAGGUCUUUACCGUCGGGAUUUGUCUGCAAUUCCAACAACCACUCGUCCAUUUCUUGCAUCAUCUCUACAGAUUUAUAUGAAUAUUACAGAGAUAUGGAUAUAUCGAUUAUCCUCUGUUGAUUUUGGAAAACUUAGUAAACUAAUGAACGAGCUUAUAUCGUUUUUUAUCGAUCAUGUGGUUUCUGUUGAAGCGUACAGAUUGUUUUUUAGUAGCUUAAGUGAUAUUGCUUUGUUAUUAAGUGGUUCAUCGUGCCCUGUGUUUUUUGAUAAAACGAAUGCUUUGAUGUGUCGUAUUAGUAUGCCAGCGGUAGAUAAUUCAGUAGCCAAAUUACCUUUAAAUUUUGGAGAGCUAUUACCAGAAAUGCGUAAUGUAUCCUUAUUGACUAUGAUAAACGCAUGUGAUGUACUAUCUGUAGCGUUAAGUAUGCCUAUCCUUCGUGUAGAACUAUUUCAUUCACGUUUUCCAUCAAUAAAUGUGUAUACAGAGAUUCAAUUUCUUUCAGGAAAGUUACCUAUGGCUCCACAAGAUUUCUGGGAUCCUAUUAUAGGUUCAACGGAUUCUAAUACAUUAGAACUUACUUGUUCUUGUUUUGAUUUUCACGCCGAUCCUAUCGCUAAGCUUGAAGUAAGUGAUGUAAAGUAUACACAGAGCAAUACCCUCUUUAAUGGGGAUUCCAGUACUGUUUUAAGUGAUAGUGAACUUGGUAGUGGUGAUGGUUCAUCCACUGUGAGUGAGGACAUAUCUUAUUUAGAAGUAAAGGGAUGGAGUUUGGGUAGUAAUACUUCUCCAGGAACCAUAAUAAUGAAUGACUUAUUUGGUCUCUGGAAGGAAUUGGAGUAUAUGGCUAAUUCUUUUCUUGUGAAACGUAUCAUUACGUAUAAUCAUGUACCAGGAGGGAAAUAUGAUUUAGAAAAGACAGGGCCAUGGUUUUUUAAUUGUCCAGGAGAAGUUAUUAUUGUAGAGGAUUGUACUUUUUUAUUUAAGGAUACAGGGGUACAAAUGGUUGUCUGUAGUGGGAGCUAUGUGUACUUUCGCCGCUGUCGUUUUUUACCUUCUCUGCAGGAUACAAUAAGAGUUGAAGAUGAUAAUGCGGCCUUUGUGUGUGAUAAUUGUGAGGAGUGUGCCACUUAUGUAGAUGAUAUUCCUCAUGAUACACAAAGUGAAGUUGAGAAGAAAACUACAGAGAGAUAUUACGUAAAUAUUAAUCGCGGUAGAGUGAAUUUGGAUAUGUCCACUGAUCGUAAAGUUGUAGUUGCCAUUCCUUCAGUAGAUGUGCACAUUAUCACAACUUCUCGUAAGAUUUUUUCUCAGGUCCGUGUACAUCGUUGUCGUUGGGAAUAUAUAGAAGAGAAUAUCCCACAUGCUCUUCUUUCUCGUUUAGAUGUUGACGUGGAUUGUUCAUUCAGACAAAAGGAUCAACGCGCAAAGCUAAGUGUAGCCAUACGAUCUGGUGGGGCAAGUAUCCCGCUUUGUAUGAUAAAAACAGUACAGGGAGUUAUAUCAGAGUGGAAAUUGGGAGGAAAUAGUUUAGUAACAACAACAACAACAACAACAACAACACGAACAUUUGUGGUGCCCAGCAAACGUAAGGAACCUCCUGUUGUAAAAUGGAUAUGUCUUCUUACUACAUCUGUUUUUCCACUAGAUUUUUCUCUUCCAAGUGGAGUUUCAUUCACAAAGUUAACUAUCCCAAAUAUUUCCAUCUGUUCCAAACGACUAGUAGCAGAGGAAACAUUUGUGGAAUUUCAGAUCGGGGCUCAAGAUUUAGUAAUCUGGGAAUUUUCAUCACAGUCGUUUGUGCCAUUGUUGCGAAAGCCUCUUACUUUGGUGGUUGUACUUCGAACAAUAGAUUUCUCAACUGCCACUUGUGAUGUAUCCAUAUCUCCACUAGAUCUUUCUCUCUCAAGUGAGCAGGUCAAAUGUGCGCUAUCGUUGAUGAUGUUUAUUCAUGGUGAAGUAAAGCAUAAAGAGGAAGGACUUUCACCAUGGUGCACCAUGUACAUUGAUAAUGAGGUGGGAGUUCCUCUUCUUUUGGAAAGUGCCACUGAAAAAAUAGUAGUGCAGCAUCAUCUUGCUUUAGAAAAGAAGAGACUUCUUUUCCCUCACUCUGUGAAGGAAGUUGGAGGAAGAAAAGUAGAUCAUUUCGAGAAGGCUGACCCUACGAUACCAAAUGAAGACUCCUCAUGUCUUCUUCAAACCGUAGAUGUAGCUGUUUUAGAUAAUGAUGAAAAGGUUUACAUGACUAGUUGUGUAAAAUCAGGUUCACUUGUACAGCACGUGAUAUUCCGAACAACGUUUCAUAUUAUGAAUGUUUUACCUUGUACGAUUAAACUCUAUUCACCAAAUAAUGCAGAUGCAGUAGUAGUUGUUCAACCUAAAGAGGUGUCUUGUAUUCCACUUUGUUAUCUGGAUUCUACAGAUGUUGUUAUAUCUCUUAUCUCACUCAAUGAAAAAGUUGAAUCUACUGAGGAGCUAUUAAGUGAGAUAUCACCGAGAGAUCUUUUCGAAGUGGCAGUAUCACGUGGGGAAGAGUCCAUUGGUCGCCUUAAGGAGUUUAAUUUUGGUAAAAAUACGGCCUAUGUUGAUAUUACGUAUCGUUUACAAGGUAUGUGCCUUACAAUGUGGCUUGCUCCGGCUAGGCCUAGUAUUCAUAAUGGCACACACUUUCCCUUGAAGGUUUCUAUUUUUCUUGAAAAUUCUAUAACUGAGGAAACAAUUGUGAAACCAGGUGAUACUCUAGUAUCUCUAAAGUAUGAUCCUUUUGGAAAGCAAUUAAAUUAUCGCUUUGGAUGUGUUUUAUACGGCAAAAACUAUGUAGCUGAUGAGCCCAUAUCUUUAGACGCCGUUCCCCCUUUAGUGGGUGAAAGUAUCGUGAUGAAACAUGAACAGUAUCCCAGACGACAUUUUUUUGAACUAAGUAUUGAACGACAACGUACUUCUUCAUCUUAUGUGGGUAUAAUUUACAGUGUAUUACCUCGACAUGUCUUUGGUGUAGUGAAUAACUCCUUCGUAGAUGUAGAAAUAACAUCUGAAAGUGGUGAUUCGGUAGGUACAUUGGGAGGUGAAAUGCUAUCAUGCGCUUCUGGAAUUAACUUUGCCUAUAUACCUUUUCACACUCCGUUAGUAUUACAUGCUGGAAAGGCAAUCUCCACACCUUUUGAAGUAAAGAAAGAGUUUGAAGAGAGGAUGAUAUUGUGUGAUAUUUCUGAUAACAAUGAAGUAAUGGGUGUAUCUCACUCCUUCCUCUUGCGUACACUAAAGACUGAUGAAGAGUCUUUUAUGGAAUUAAUCCCAGCAUUAUUCUUUGUCAAUAAGGAUUCUACACGUUCUCUCUUGGUGAAGCAUGUGAUUCGACCAACCGAUAGUAAAGAUGAUUCUGAAUGGGUUCAGACUAUCUUUGUUCCCGCUUCUGGAGUACUACCAUACACUACACUUUCUCGCUACGGAUAUACUAAUUUUUUUUCUUUUGCAUGGGAAGGGAAUACAAAUGAUACUGAUUAUUCUCAACCAGUUGAAGCAAUGCUUUCAUCAAAUACAGAUUGGACAGGAUAUGUACAGUGUGGAAAUACUCAUCACAUUGUACAAAUUCGCAAAGAAAGUUUAUUCGAUACUGCAGUUGUGGCUAUCAGUGCACCUCGACUACCAUACUUGACUCUAGUAAAUUUGACGCCUCGUACAUAUGAUCUUGUACAAUCAAUGUCGGUAUCUCUAUGUACUCCUUCAUCUGUAAACAAUGACGAGGUAUUUCUUGAUGAUGGUGAUACAAAGAUAAAGAUUCCGCUCAGCCAAAAUAUGAGUACAAAUGUUUUUGAAGGAGUUACUGUUUUUGUUCAAACCCAACGUGAAUCUGUAACUGUGAUUUUAUCUCUUAUACCAAUAAAUAAAGGAGUAUUCUUGUUGGGUGAUAGCACCUAUGAAGAUGCUUCUUUAGAAGAAAAGUCAAUGCUACGUGUGGAUGUCAAGUCUUCUUCUGUUUUAUUAACAUUUCGGGAUGCAGGUGAUCAUCCUCUUCAACUUGGAGUUGAAGGAAGCGAAUUCUGGUUUGUCUAUCAAUCUCCUAAAAUUACGGCACAGUGUACGGUCUCAGAUGCGUACGUUGAAAGUUCUUACAAAGGGAAAAAAAAUCGUGUUGUGAAACCUUUCUGUUUUGACAUGACAAUUCGUGAUGUCGGGCUAGAUUGGAAUUCUAUAAGUGUUCUUUCUACCCAAAUUAAUUUGACGCAAUUAGAAUUGGAGGUAUCAGAUGUACUUGUUUAUCAAUUGCAACAGUUAGGUAUUCACUGUCUUCCGCAUUCUUUUUCGCUGGAGAAGAAUACUUCUUCGACUUCCUUUACUCAUGCAAAAGAGUUACAAUUUGUAAAGAAUAAAAGAAUCAAACUUGUGUCUUUGAUUAUCUGUGAAGUUUCUAUCCUUAUUACAUACGAUAGAAGUGUGCGUCCACCUCAAGAUGUUCUCUUUCGUGGCUCCCCUAUUGGGAGUCUUAUCCCGUCUCUUCAUCGUGCCACUAUGCAGUUCCCAACACUUCAAUUACGUGAUAUUUCUGGUGACUCUAUGAUGGAGGUGGUGGAUGUCGUGCGAGGAGUCUUGUUUGUUGAAUUCCUUAAACAGAUUCCAAAACUAUUGACGAGUGUUGUAUUGUUUCCUUCUCUUUCACCGAUUGGAAGUAUGCUCAGUCGCGUGGGUUCCUUUGUCUUUGGAUCUGGUGACAGCUCCUCUGAGUUGCCAGGUACUACACUUAUUUGA